ACCCCCUUCCACCCCUCCCCACCGUUUCUUGCCGGGGGCAGGGCGCUCGCCCUCCUCCCCGCGGCGCUCGAAGCCGGCGCGCGCUAGGACCGCGGCGCGCCGCCCUCCGCCGCUAUAAGAGGCCGCGCUCGCGCCCCACGCGGAACCCGCGGCUCAGACCCGUCCCCGGCGUCCCGACCCGCGCUGGACCCGAGGCCGGACCCAACGCGGCGCAGCCGACGCCAGCCCGGGGCCUGCGAGGGACGCGCGCCCCGGGGUCCCCGCCGCGGGCACCAUGGGCGCUGCCCACUCCGCGUCCGAGGAGGUGCGGGAGCUCGUGGGCAAGACCGGCUUCUCCUCAGACCAGAUCGAGCAGCUCCACCGGAGGUUUCAGCAGCUGAGUGGAGACCAGCCCACCAUUCGGAACCUGCGCAAGGGAUCCAGUGGCCUGGCUGACGAGAUCAACUUUGAGGACUUCCUGACCAUCAUGUCCUACUUCCGGCCCAUCGACACCACCAUGGACGAGGAGCAGGUGCAGCUGUGCCGGAAGGAGAAGCUGAGAUUUCUGUUCCACAUGUAUGACUCGGACAGCGACGGCCGCAUCACCCUGGAGGAAUAUCGAAAUGUGGUAGAGGAGCUGCUGUCGGGAAACCCGCACAUCGAGAAGGAGUCGGCCCGCUCCAUCGCCGACGGGGCCAUGAUGGAGGCGGCCAGCGUGUGCGUGGGGCAGAUGGUGGUACAGGAGCUGCUUCUGUCUUCGGCGGGGGGGGGGGGGGUAGAGUCUGAGGAGGAGAAGAGCUACGGAGGAAGGAAAGGAGAUGAUCCACCUGCGAACUCAGAACCUGCAAAGAAGCUUCUUCAAAAGAGCCAACAGGGAUCCAGGGGUCAUGGAAUUUGGCCUGGAUGGGAUCAGCCUUUGUGGUGCUCACACGGACUCAGUUGCCGUGCAUGGUCUACGGGUAUUUAAAGAGGCCCCAGACUCUACAUACGCGUAUUGGAUCGCGCUUGUAAAUUCCGCCAAGUAAAUCCUCGGAGUCCUUAUUGAUCACUCGCUCUGGGGAUGGACUUUCUCUUCGUGGUCCUCUCAGUUUCUGCUUUGCUGUUUUGAAGGGACAUCGGGCAGUUGCUGCUGCACAGUGUCCAUCCUUUGUAAGGUGACCGCUCGGCCUCCCCAUCCCUCAGAAAUGGAGGCUGCGUAUCGUACUCGCCCCCCCCCC